CUGCAGGUUUCUGUCCUGCCCCGGUUGGAGGACGUUGGAGUCACAGUGAGUGAGGAGCAGCUCGGAACACUUUCCGAAUCCACUUUAAUAUAAACACAAACCGAGAACACAGCCGACAUGUUUUCACGAAUUGCCCGACCGGCCACCAGCCUCGCGCGGACUUUAUCCACAAGCGCUCAGAAUAAUGCCAAGGUGGCAGUCCUGGGAGCAUCAGGUGGAAUCGGACAGCCGCUCUCCCUCCUGCUGAAGAACAGUCCUCUGGUGAGCGAGCUCUGUCUGUACGAUAUCGCUCACACACCCGGAGUCGCCGCAGACCUCAGCCACAUCGAGACCAGAGCCAAGGUCACGGGUUAUAUUGGAGCUGAUCAGCUGGGUGCAGCUCUUAAAGGAUGUGAAGUGGUGGUUAUUCCUGCUGGAGUUCCCCGUAAACCUGGUAUGACUCGUGAUGAUCUGUUCAACACAAACGCCACCAUCGUGGCCACUCUGGUUGAUGCUUGCGCUCGUAACUGCUCCGAGGCUAUGAUCUGCGUCAUUGCUAAUCCUGUAAACUCCACCAUCCCCAUCACCGCAGAGGUGCUGAAGAAGCACGGUGUGUUUAACCCUAACAGAGUGUUCGGAGUCACCACGCUGGACAUCGUCAGAGCAAACACCUUCGUCGCUGAGCUCAAAGGUCUCGAUCCGGCUCGUGUCAACGUCCCCGUCAUCGGAGGUCACGCUGGAAAAACCAUCAUCCCUCUGAUUUCACAGUGCACUCCUAAAGUGGACUUUCCUGCAGAUCAGCUUUCAGCUCUGACUGGGAGAAUUCAGGAGGCAGGAACUGAGGUGGUGAAGGCCAAAGCUGGAGCAGGUUCUGCCACGCUGUCGAUGGCCUACGCUGGAGCUCGCUUUACUUUCUCUCUACUUGAUGCCAUGAAUGGAAAAGAGGGAGUGGUGGAAUGUGCAUUUGUACGAUCUGAGGAGACGGAGUGUAAAUACUUCUCCACACCUCUCCUGCUCGGGAAAAACGGCAUCGAGAAGAACCUGGGUCUGGGGAAGAUUUCUGCGUUCGAGGAGAAGCUCGUGUCUGAAGCUCUGGCUGAACUCAAAGGUUCCAUCAAGAAAGGAGAGGAUUUUGUGGCCAACAUGAAGCUGUGAGCGUCUGAAACACGUCUCUGCCCCAAGUGUCCAUUUAUUUAUAAAAAAGUCUCUGAAUUUGUGACAUGGCGUCUGUGAUUUUCAUCCUGACUGAUGAGCUGUUACUCCAAUAAACGGUCCACUUUACCAACUUCA